AUGUCCGAUCCACGCUUGUCGAGCGCGGCGGCGGAAGAGAGGGUACCGCUGAAGGCGGCGAUGGCGAUGGCGAAGAACUGGAUCUUAGCGAAGAACUGCAUGUUUGCGAUUUGUCGAUUGAGACUGGGGAUGAUCGAAGAUGUGUUGUCUUCAGAGGCAGAGAAGAAUGAGAGCGAGGGAUGUUCGAAAGAGUCAAUGGGUAGAAGACAUUAUAUACCAUCACACCUGUUUUUAUUGGCCUCUUUCAUGCCUUCAUCUCGGUCCAAUUCACAAGGAGACCUUGACAGGGACAACCGCUGGCAAAACGCCAUACAUACGUAUGCUGCCCUGGCCUGGUGCCCUACAAAACGGCAGAGCUUGAAGAAUAUCCGAGCCUCCAACACGACGGACUCGCCGGAACUUGAAAAAACUACUAAUAGCGAGCAUUUCACGGAGAGCUCGGAUAUGAGCGACCGAUGCCACAUAUUCGAGACUGGCAGUGGACAGAGAGACAGGAGUGUGAGAGACGCGAAGAACUCGGACGAUCGACCACAGUCAGUUCAAAGGCGGUCUCUGUACUUCAAACCGGUAACAAGUGUUCAAAAAAUUACAAGGUUUAUUGAUACGGUCACAAACGGCGCCGUCAGGGAAAUCAUACAAGCUCGGAUAUACAACAACUGCGACAUCCCUGAUAUGCUUUCAUACAAGGAGCCCGGAGAGUUGGAUUAG